CGGCAACCGUACCGACGCGUCCUCAGACGCGUCGGGAACGCGUCUCCCCUGCUCCCGAUGGCCUCCGCUCCUUCAAAAACAAUCACACCAACACCCAUUCCCACGCUCCUUGAAAUUCGCGCGAAAGCCUUGAAGAUCUUUGGCUGUCGACCGUGUCUGUGGCAGAUCCGAGUGGUCGAAGCUGUUCUUGCCCAUGACCGUGACGUGAUUACUAUCGCAGCCACGGGGGCAGGGAAGACGUUGACAUUCUGGAUGCCGCUACUGUUCUGCGAAGACGGCAUCCAGAUCAUUGUCAGUCCCCUCAAUAUCCUCGGAGACCAAAAUGUAUCGCAACUGGAGAAGCUGGGCAUCCGAGCAGUGAACGUGACGGCAGAGACAGCUACGCAAGAGACGUUUCGGGACAUCGAGAAGUGCCAAUACCGCGUCAUUGUGACAAAUGUCGAGACUUUGAUGCAAGCGGGUGGCGGUUUCGAGAAGCUGUGGAAGAAGACCGCAUUUACGUUGCGCCUGAUCAGUGUAAUCUGGGACGAGGCUCACUGCGUCAGCAAGUGGGGAGGCUUCCGGCCAGAGUACAAAGAUGCCGGGAAGCUCAGGUAUCUCAUUCCGCGCAGCGUGCCGUUUGUGAUUGUAUCGGCCACGCUUCCUGCUCCGGUACUUGCUGACGUGAAGAAGAUUCUUCAAGUUGAUCCAGACAAGUGCACCCUCAUUCGUCGCUCAAACGACCGCGCAAACAUCAGUCUUGUCAUCAGACAGAUGAAGUAUCCAAUGUCCAGCUUCAUGGACCUUGCUUUUCUCGUCCCCGAUGGCUGGAAGCCUGAAGACCCUCCACCGCCCAAGUUCCUCAUAUUCUUUGACAGCAUCACGGAUUCGAUCGACGCCGCAGAGUAUCUCCGUGGAUGUCUUCCUCCCGAAGCGAAGCACCGCAUCAAGUGGUUCAAUUCAGAGAUGUCAUCCGAGUUCAAAGUGGAAGAGGCUGAUUCUCUGAAGGCUGGCGUGACAUUCGGGCUGGCGUGUACAGAUUCAUUUGGGAUGGGACUUGAUCUUCCGGAUAUCGCGCUCGUUAUUCAAUGGCGUGCCACAUGUGACCUCUGUACACUCUGGCAGAGAUUUGGGCGUGGUGCACGCGCGUUGGGCUCGACCGCAACUGCAUUACUUCUCGCAGAACCCAAACACUUCGACGAAAACAUCAAGAAAGCUCGGAUUGCUGCAGAGAAACGGGCGAGUGCACGAACGAAGAAGCGUCAACCCGCAUCUCAGCUCACUACUCCUGCUCCCAAACAUGUUGCUCUUGCAUGUAUUCCAAAUCCAAACAUCCCCGUAUCUGUGCCGGUGCCUGUGAUUACGGACAGUAACCCCGAGGAGCAGGAGCAACUUCUUGUCGACCACGAGACAGCGAUUGAUAACCGAAUAACGGUCGAUGACUCUGAGGUAAUUCUGCCUGAUGUCGUGAUCAGCAGUGCAGAAUACCUUGCGGAUCGCCGCCGUUUUUAUGGUGCCAUUGAUCCCGUGACAAACGAGCCCGUCCGAAAGCAGGCAACCCGCAAGAAGAUUGACGUCCUUGACCCAGCCAUGGACGACAUGAUCAACGCUGCUACACGACAGCCAGGCAAACCCUGCUUCCGUCUUCCCCCAACAAUCUAUUUUGGAAACGAUCUAACGGGUGGGGACCACAUGCAAUGUGAUGCGGCUGGCUGCAAGCGUUGCGCACCUGGCGAAUGUCUCCUUUGCUGUGAGCUCUGUCAGCCAGGAGAAUUUGCGCAUUUUGCCGAAGUUUCCAUUCCUAAACCAAAGCAAAUGGCCUCGCGAUCGCGCGUCGAUAAGGUCUACGAGUCAACUUCGUCAGAUCGGGAACUACAGGAUGCGCUCCACACCUUUCGGAAGAACAAAACGAUGGAGGUAUUCGGUAAAGCCAGUUUGCGCAACCAUGGCCCCGGUUCUAUCAUGUCCGACGAAGUACUCAAACGCAUCGUGGACUGUGCUCAUUUCCAUAAACUCAGGACACCGGACGACUUGGCUCGCGAAACCCAAUGGCAGCGGACAAACGAUGACGGUGAUCUUGUCCUCUCACUUGUUGCACUGCAUAGUGCCCUGCCGCCUCCGCCGCCUCCGCCAACCACACCAGCUAGAUCUGGCCCUGUGACACCCCAGUCUGCUUCAAUACCGAUGCGUCAGUGCGGAGUUUGUGGUCAGCUGGGACACAACCGACGAAACAAACUCUGUCCCAAAUUUGUGCCUUCUACUCCUGCCACUCCAUCACCGGCGGACAACGAAAAUGUUCCGCCAAUGCGUACUAUCAAUACCCCCGUUCCCAAUUCACGCUUUUAUGAUUACUAA